AUGCUGCGAAACCGCGAAACUUCGCAGACCUUCGGCGCCACUUUCGUGCAGCAGUUCGCGAACGCAGAGGACGACCUCGACCACAGCAGGGCAGCCGGGGGAGCAGGCGGUGCCGGGAGCGCCGCCGCCGCAUCCGGCGCUGGCGGUGGCGGCGGGGGAAGAGUCUCAGCAUCUGGUGCCAUAGAGCUGAGCGUAAGAAGUGGAGAGAAGGACGAAAAGGAUUCGGAUAGAGACGAUUCAUCUCGUUCGCACCAUGGGAAGAGCCGAGCAGCGGAUUGGACGCGGGAGGUUGGGAGAGACAUGGGCCGCGAUUGGAAUAAAGAGAGAGAGUGGGGGCGGCCACCUGCAAGCUCCUCCGCAGGUGGAGAUAGGGCGGCGGGAGGUGCGGCAGGAGGCGCGGUGGGAGGUGCGACGAGAGAUGCGGGCCGGGAGAAACCUCGAGUGGUGGACGAUACUUUAGAAGACGACGACGAUAGCCCUGCCGACCCGGAGGUGCUGUCGAGAUGGAAAUAUGGAACGCCCACGUCGGCUUGCACCUGCCCUCCAGUAACAGUUUCGGUUGCCACGGGGGCUAGUGGUGGUUACGGUGCUCCUGAAGAUGGUAACCAGCUACCUAGCCAGCGAAUGUCGCAGCCGCCGCAGCAGCAACUUCAGGGAGGCAUUCACGAACAGCCACAGAAACAGCAGCAGCAGUCAGAGCAGUCAGGGCAGUCAGAGCGAGCACGUGCGCAGUGGGAGCUGCCGCCGAGCUCUAGACUUGACGAGGCUCUACUCUUCGACGCGCGAUGCCUCGACCUCCCCCGCCGCGCCUGCUUCUCCGAUUCCUCUCCUCUUUCGCCUUCCACCUCCGCAACUACCGCUGCGGACACGAUCGGCGCCGCAGUCAGUGAAUCCGCGGAGCCGCCAUCGCGGGAAGCAGCGAGGUGGACGAAUCCCGAGGCGAGGAGCAUUGCGUGGGAGCUGUACGGCCCGUGCCGCGACUGGGAAUGCCUCAUGGCGCAGGAGGACCAGGCCGAACGCGCGUGGCGCGGGGAUGGAGAUGCGGGUGCCGAUGGCGGUGGCGUUGGUGGUGGCACUGGCACUGGCAGUGGCGGGGUUGUGGGCAGGGGGGAUUUAAAAGGGGAGGGGACGAUGGUUGGGCCGGAAGGCGAGGAGGCGGAGGGUUUGGAAAUCGGACGGCUGGGAUUGCCUGCUGCUGUGCGCGGGUGUUUUGUGUCGUGCUUUAACCUGUCUAAAGCCAGGGAGAGAGGUGCUCGUGGGGCAUACGGAGGCUACGGUGGUUUUGAAGAGGGUUCAGGGUUGUAUGCACAGGCAGUGCCGUCAGCAUCGGAAGGUGCAGCAGGAGCAACACCAAGAGAUUCAGCAGCAGGGGCAACAGCAGGGGCGGCAGCAGCAGCAGCAGGGGCAGGAGGGGCGGCGGUAUCAGGGGGUGCGUGGGGGCUGGAUGCGGUGUUGGCAGUGAAGCCACCAGGAGGCAUCCGAGUAGGGGUGGACAUUGUUGGGGGCACAGGGAAUUUCGCUGCACUCAUGGCAGACCGGGGCGUUACGGUGGUUACCACCGCAUCCAAUCACGGCGCCCCUGUAAUGGAAGUGUUAGCACACAGAGCCCUCCCAGCCCUCCACCUUCCUCCUACCGCCCGCUUGCCCUUAUCGGACUCGUCAUUAGAUUUGAUUCACUGUGCGUUUUGGCCAUCAAUUCUCGCACAUCCACCUGCCCUGGAGUCAGUUUUGUAUGAUUGGGACCGAGUGCUUCGCCCUGGAGGGCUGAUGUGGCUGGAAAUGGUGCCUUUCUCCCGGCCGUUGAUCCGAAAGAUCCUGGCCGUUGCUGAGGUGGCUCAGUGGAAGAAGCUUAAGUGGGCGAAGGUGGCGGCGGGUGGUGAGAGGAGUGGAGUGGGGGGGAGUGGAGGGGGAGGUGGUGAUCAUGGGCCUUGGUUGCUGAAUGUGUUGUUUGAGAAGCCCAUGAAGAGAGUAAUGGAGGAGAGGAGGGCAAUCGCUGUUAUGAGUUGA